UGGCGGGUCAGUAUCUAGUUGGUAUAUUAAAAACAAACAUAAGGUUGUGAACUUGUGAUAGAUACAAAAUAAAUUAAACCAAUGAUUAAAAUAGCUGGAAAGAAAGAAGAAGAGAGAAUCAUAAGCCCGACAAUGCAUUUUUCUCUGGUGAGUUGCAAACAACCGAUGGCCCAUUAACAUAUGAUUACAAAAUCCCAAAUAAUAUCAAGGCCCAUGGCCAACCCAGUCAUACAUACAUCUAAAAGAAAAGGUCCAUUAUACAUACGGACCGAAAUAUAAACGUAGCCUCUCGAUGCUCUUCAAAGGAGAGAGAGGACUCAGACUAGGAAAAUGACCAAAGGAAUCGGAUAAAGAGAGUGUGUCAGGGCUUGACCAGUGUAGCCCGGUGGGCACACAGAGAAAGGACGGCUCUGAACCAGUAGACACGUCUUCACACACACACACUUCUCACAUGUCUCUCUCUCUCAAAAAUGUUUGUUGUGUGUUUUGGGGUGAAGAUUUGCAUGCUUCUGCUUCUUAUCCAUUCCUAUUCUCCGUAUCCAUUAUCUUUAUCCGACAAGCUUGGCUUGAUUCUGUCUCUUCACAAAAACGAAUCUCUUUCUGUCUCUUUUGACCGUUUUAGUAGCAUCCUAUUUACAAUUGUAACCCUCUUCUUGCGUUUGGGACAGAACAGCUGUCAUCAGAUUCUCUCGCUUUACCCUAAACAUCCACCAUUUGUCCUGUCCCGCGCAAGAGCAUGUUCAGUCAGUAUUCAUACAAUUAUUGUGUCUUCAUAAUAACAAGUAAAACUGAUGACCAAGUUAGUUUCAUAAUAAUAAUCUUGUGCUAAUUUAAUUUACCUUGAAUUUUAUGAUAAAAUCCAGUUGCCGACAAAAAAAAAUCCAGUUUUAAAAUGUUCUCCUACAUGCAUGUAUAACUACAUAUAUAUUAAGGCACUCAAUCAGCACUUAUGCCUGGUAAGCUGUCUUAUUUCGAAUUUGGUUAUACGUGCGACCCAUGUGACAAAGUAAUGGAUAGAGAGAUUAGAGAGAAUUGUCUGUGGUUUAUACAUAGAGUUUUCUUAUACAUAUGCUAAUUUUUUUCAAAAUAGAAAAUCUUGAAAGAAGAGCCACCACCUACGUAUCAUGAGAAUAAAGAGAGAGAGAGAGAGAGAGAGGAGAAAAGAACAGAGCUUCUCUUUCUCUCUCUAUGUUCACAAUAAACCCAACACAACUCUGUCACAAAGCUUCACACUCUCUUCUCCUCCCUCCCCACCUUCCAUCUCUCCCUUGUCCAUAAAAGGAACCUCACUCUCUCAGAAAGUUCCAACCUUUUAAACACACACCUCCAAAGCUAGCUUACAAAUUGUUUUUUUUUUCUUUUUCAAACUUUCGUUUUCCCUCUAUCUUCUUCAACAUGCCUUCUGAUGUCAACGAGUCGCGUCGAUUAACUAAGAUACCUCACGGAGGAGCUGCGGCGGAUCAGCAAGACCAGCUUCCUUGUCCUCGCUGUGAAUCAACCAACACCAAGUUCUGUUACUACAACAACUACAACUUCUCCCAGCCUCGCCAUUUCUGCAAAGCUUGUCGUCGUUACUGGACUCACGGUGGUACUCUCCGUGACAUUCCCGUCGGCGGCGUUUCCCGUAAAAGCUCCAAACGCUCUCGAACUUGCUCCUCCGUCGCUGUUUCCGCCGCCGUCGGAAGCCGGGAGUUCCCCUUACAAGCGACGCCUGUUCUCUUCCCUCCUCCGUCAUCUAACAACGGUGAUGUUACGGCGGCGAAGGGAAGCGCGUCGUCGGCCUACGGAGGUUUCACCUCUCUGCUCAGCUACAACGCCGCCGCAAGCAGAAAUGGGCCUGGUGGCGGGUUUAAUGGGCUGGAAGGGUUUGGACUUGGGCUUGGUCACGGGUCGUAUUUCGACAACGUCAGGUUUGGACAAGGGAUAACGGUCUGGCCGUUUUCGAGUAGCGCUACUGAUGCUACGUCAGCUGUUACAAGCCACGUGGGUCCAAUACCGGCGACGUGGCAGUUCGAAGGACCAGAGAGCAAAGUGGGGUUCGUGUCUGGAGACUACUAAUAAGCGUGAGAGACCAUAUUAUCUAUAUACCUGCUUCUUGUUCCUGGUUUCAAUGUCUCUUUUAGUUUCUACUCUUUUAGCUUUCUAUUUAGUUAUCUUAAAAGUAGUGUUAUCUGGUUACUUAGUUAGUUGUGAACGAAACUACAAACUCUAAUGUUAAUCCCAACUUUGGAAAACA